AUGAAAUCUUCUGACAGAGGCCUUCAAGAACUUAAGCUUUUCCAUACAAUCGAUCGCAACAUAUAUUCUCGACUCUUGAUGGGGUUAGGUUUUGACCCUAUCCUAUCCAAGUAUAUCGUAGCCCUUUGGCACACGCUUGAAAGACAAAGUAUUGGCCAGAAAUUUAUGGUGAAUACCUUAUUUUUGCACGAUCCAUUCUUCAAUGACUUGGCAAACGAGUCUUUCGAGUUAUUGAAACGUUUGUAUUCAGAUUGCAUUCAUCCUCCAUUCGAGGACAUUGAUAGCCAGUUUCCAAAACUGCGUCUUCUUGUUCCGUUGCAUUUGAUGAAUGGUCUAAUAGUGCAACAAGGGUUUCAAAAUUCAGUUAAUUUGUGCGUUGAUCCUAAUGUUGUUGAGGCUCAACCUUCGUUGCCAGCCCAAGAAGCAUGUGAUGAAAGACCUGAUCGGCACCAGCCUAAUGCUGACAAGAAUGAAAUAACUUUGUUCUUGACCUUCUCAAGGGGCCAUCCUGUUUCAGAAGAAGAACUCAGAGGCUUCUUUACAAGGAAAUUUGGAGAGUGUAUAGAAGCAAUAUGUAUGGGAGCAGAGGAGCGAAAUUCGCAGCCACUGUUUGCUCGUGUUGUUGUUAAGUCUUCCUCAGACAUCACAUCAAAUUCUCAAUUCAUGGGAAAGAUGUUACCGUGA